AUGCCCACUAAGGAACAAGGUGAAGAGGUCAAAAGUCAGAUAUGGAAAGAGAUUGAUUGCAUCAGAUCCGGUGACUUGAAGACAAUGAAUUUAAGGCAUGCUUUGUCUCGUUGGCAUGAAGUUCUAGUGAAAAAACUUGAAUGUGGUCGGAAUUUUAAUCGUGUCAUAACUAAUUGUUCCGAGAAAAUCCACUCAUUGACAUUAAAUCUGCAACCUGCUGAGAGUAUGGAUACAGUCGAUUGUGUAGAAAUUGAGAAACGUCUGUUGCAUUUACAAGUAAUCAUGAAUCAAACUGAUAAAAUGCUUUAUGAUCUUCAAACAAUUGAUUUCCGAACAUCCAUUAGUCAUUCAAUAAAGUUUAUCAAUCUUGUCAAUCAGCUUAUAGUACUACGUCAACAGAAUAUCGUCCAGCGUGUAUUGUACAAUCGUUUGAAAUACUAUCUAUCAGAAUUACAGAAUCCUUCAACAUUCCAUCGACGUCUACUACACUUAUUUAAACUUGGUACAGAAGGCUGUCGACAGAUUACAAGUGAAUUAAUGCGUAUAUUGAAUUUCACAGGAGCAGUAGAUGAUGCUACUUAUUGUGACGAUAAAAGUCAUGAGUCGUCUGUGGAUUAUCAGUAUUUAGAGAAACCGUUGUUUAAAAUGCAGAUAAAAUCUCCAGGACAGAGUGGCUUGGAACAGCUAUUUUGUAAACUUUCAUUAGUCGAUAAAUAUUGUUCUGAAGCUCAAAGCCAUCUUAGUCAAAAAUUUUCAUGGUUCCCUUUAAAAUCUGGAUCAUUCAAUAAUCAAUAUGAACCGAUGAUUGGUUCUGAUGGAUCUGAUAUUUAUCUGAAUGAAUUAACCAAUCAACUUGUCAUAUCUUUAUUAUGUCCUUCUGUAGUUAAAACAAAAAUUGAAACUUUAUCUGGUGAAUCAGAAAAAUUGAGAAAUAUUCUUUCUGCAUUUGCUGACAGUACCAAUGAAAUGAACGCUUUUCGUGAUCAGCUGUGUAUAGCAAUCCCUCAGUUAACUGGAUAUCAUCUAACUAAUUUAUCAAAGGCUGUAGAUGAAUUAGAACUUUGGGCUAACAGUAGAUUAAAUGAAUCACAUUGUCCAAUGGAUCCUGUUGAAAAAAGACAUCCACAGCUAGGAGCUCAAUUGAAACAUGCUGGUCAACGAUUAAUGGAGUUAGAAACGUGUUUAGAGCAUAGUCGUGAAGCUGCCAAUAUUCUCAAAUUUUUUGAACAUGAAACUCAAAUUUGGUCAUCGACUUUAUCACCAUCAUCGUCAUUAACUGGCAAGCGUGAAUCUAGUCAAGAGGUUGCAAGAAAACGUGGUCUACUCUUACAGUCGAAUUUUGAAAGUUCACCUGUAGCUUGUAGACUGCAUACAGCAUGGAUGAAAUUGACUCAAUUAGGCGAUCGUCUUGGUCGAAUACAAGCCGGGUUGCCUGUCCGACCUUGUGGAGAAAAUGGAACGCAGGUUUGGGUAAAUAAUGACUUCUCUACGCCGACUAGAUAUGCACAUGUCGUCUCUUCAAAAGUGGAGAAAGUCGAACUACAAGUUUCACCGCCAAUACUACCACCUCGUCCUUCUCCUCCUUCACAUCGUCAUAUUUCUCCAGUACAAACUCAAUCGAAUUUGCCAACAAAUUUGAGAAGUAGGCUAAUCAAGAAUGAGGUAAACAGAAAUGCUAGAUGGAAUAAAGAUGAUUAUGAGUUUCCCUAUAAUGUCAUUAGUGCUGAGAAGUUACGUCGUAGACAGACGAAUUUACGUGAUGCACUUGGAUCGCAUAAAUGUGUUUAUCCUGAUUGUAAAGAAUCACGGGAAGAAUGCUUACAUACUCAUGUGGGUGGUCGUAAGAAAGAGAUGAAUAUUGAAGACAAAAUUGAAUACAUAUUUAGAAAGAUCAUCAACUUACACGCCUGUCUACAGAAAGAUUACAAUGAAUCUUAUCAUCAUGAAGUCUAUCAGAGAAGAAUGUCCUCAAUAUCUAAAAGUGAAUUAAAUCGUUUAGUUAGACAUUCAUGUAGACGACGAUGGCAUAACUCAUAUAGUUUGAAAUCAGAUUAUGAAGAAUUGAAAAUUCUUAUUGAUGAAUUAAUGAACUCUGAGUAUCCGAAAAUCACUAAAUUACAAGAAUGCUUUAAAUCAUUAGAAGAUUUAUGGUUUGGUACCACGAAUUCAAGAGAGAACUUAAACAGACGUGUCAACAGAUCUAGAUCACGAUCUCGUGUUUCAAAUGAACAUGAUGAACACGAUUACAAUUCAAUUGAGUCUAUCUAUGAAGAUGUACGAGGUAAUGCUAUUGAAUUCCGUCAAUAUAUUCAGCACAACGGUACUUAUUUCCAUUCAACUAUCUCUCCUCCUAAUCCAACUGCUCCAGCUAUUCCACAUACUUAUGAUUCUGUUUCAAGUGACUAUGAGACUCCGCAUACUCAGAAGCCUUGUCAGUCAUAUAAGGAUAAGGAUAAGGACAAUUUAUCGAAUGAAGAGUUUUGUGACUGGACAUGGCGUGAAAUAAGAAAUCAUGGAUCAGAUGCACAACCUCUUGUAUUCCCUUCUUCUGAGGAGAUGAAUCGUACACAUCUAACGGUCAGUGUUGCAAAAUCACAGUAUCCUUGUGACACAAAAGUUGUGCCGUCGAGCAGUCAGACGCAUCAAUUCUCUAAAACUCCUGACUUUCAUUCAGCUACUACGCCGUCUGAGAAGGUAUCCAUAAAUACCAGUGAAGAUAGUUCAGAAAAUGCACCUGGCAGUAUAAAGAGUGGAAUUCCUGUACACGCUAAAAAUACUGCAGAAGUUCAUGUUCAGAAAAUUAAACUACUCCCAUUGAAUACUGUUGAUCCGACACUAAGAUCAACUUCCCCUACAUCCAUCCGAAGAGACUGGUUAUCACAGCCUAACAGAACAAUCAGUGAAACUCCUCGCUUAAAUAAAGAUGAAAAACAUUGUGAAAAUGCCUAUCAGUCUGAUGAAAUCCAUUCUUAUUAUACACAACCAGGUGCAAUGACUGACAGUGCUGUGGUGACUACAACAGGUCGCAUAGCUUACUUAGAUUCAAUUACACCUACCUCAAAAAUAAACGCGAUACCGCAAUAUGGUGGAUUGGAUCCCAGUUACAAAAAUAAAGAUAAACCACCGUCCACUAGCCCAAUACCUCCUGAUGGUCAUAUUAAACCUAAGCCAACAAAUAUUGAACUUUGUGUCAAUAAACCAGCAGCCCCAGAUGUUAGCAAUCACGUUUCAAGUAAUAAGUAUAUCUCAAGUUCGUUAGUUGACAGUACUGUUAGCAGAGAGGUCAUACUGGAAGUUACAGAUGUUUCGUCUAGUAAAAAUCUGAACUUAGAUCAUAAUUAUAGAUCUACUCAAACCAAUUUCAUUAAUUCAGAUAAACAACCAUCAACUGUUUCUACAGAUUCAAGUAAGACGGAAAAUUCAGUGAAUGGAAUAAGUACAACUUCACAACAUAAAGUUAAUUCGGAUAUACCCUCAUCUAACAGUUAUUCAUCGCUAUUAACAAUGACAACUACAACAGUUAAUAUAAAUCUGCUUCAACAUAAAUCUUUAGAAAACAAACAGAAAUCAUCUGAAGUAACAAACAGCAGAGUUCCUUCAGAUAGUUGUAUAACCACUUCUAAGGCAGAAUCAGUUCCUUAUCCAUCAUCAUCACCAUCAUCAUCAUUUUCACUUCCAACUUAUUCUUCCUUAUACAACAGCACAAGAAGAGCAUUCCAUCAAAUCUAUCAAUGUCGCCAUCUUGACACCUCUCCUGCUGCUGCUGCUGCUGCUAAUGAAAAUGUUGUUGAUGACGAUGAUGCUACUGAUAGAAGUAUAAAUUCAAUGUGUGAUUUAUGCCAACAUAUGACUAAUUUGCAUACACUGAUUUCAAUAUUACAGUCGCAUUUAUUAUCGAAUCGACAGAAUCGACUGUGCAAUCUACUACCGGUGGAUAUAGAAUCAUUCACACAGACAGCAUCAUCAAUCUCCUCCUUAUCUACUUAUUGGUCACCGAUAAUUAAAGAAUAUCUAACAAUAAUACACGAAAUCAAAUCAGAAUUGAAUUCAUUUCAAUCAUCCUCUUCUUAUUUAGAGUGUAAAAUUGUUCACUUACCUGAGUAUAAAUCAAUGGAUGAUUUAUUGAAUAUUUGGCAGUGUAGAUUACAAGAUUUCCUGUGUCUUCGAUCAUCGAUUGACUCCACCUCGGGGGUCAAUAUACCACAGACACGUUGGCUUACACUAUUCAUUAGUUUAAUACAACAUAAUGAAAUUCAAGUGGAAUAUUUAAAGUCUGUAUUUACAAGUCUAAUACAUUUUAUCCAAAAUGACUAUGACUAUGAUGAAUCGAGUAAGAGUGAACUCGAAGCGAAUAAUACCGAUAAUGGUAAUACUGCUAAUAACGAUCACAAUCCCCUAUCAAAUAGUUAUGCAUCAGAAGUUGUACAAACUCACGACCAUUCACAAAAUAUUCGAUAUCUUCCUACUGAGAGAUUAAGAAUAUCAUUGAAGCAUGAGUACUUAGAUGAUUUGAAGAGUAGACUAUUCUCGCAUGAUUUAGUCGAUCAACAAACUAUCACGUCACCGAUACAACUGUUCCCUCCGUGCAAUUCUUCUCUAUUGACUUUACCAACUGUAAAUUUUACUCCUUCUUUACGGUCUAAAACAGGAGAGGAGGGGAAUGCACGCGAAAUUCCCACUACUGUUGUUAUUCCCGGUGUUCAUGAAAAGAAAAAUGAUAAAGAUGAGGAAUCACAAACAUCUCCUAAAUUGCAUAGUUCCGGUGCAGUAUCAUUUGAACAACAAACACCUAACUUUCAUCAUCAAAUCGUUACUCAUAACAAAGGUAGUAGUACUGAACCAUUUACUGAUGAAAUUCCUAGCGGAAGAAGUAUUCAGAAGACUGAAACUGUAGAGGAAUCUAAAGACAACUGUAGCGAAACAAAUUGGAUUACAGUACGUAGAGGUAAACAGAAAAAGGCUAAAAAACGUAAAUACAAAAAUGAAGAUUGUUCCAAGGGAAAGAAUAGUAACAGAACUGAAAAGAUCGAUAAUGCUGAUCAUAAAGAUCCACAUCAACCUGACCACAGUGUAACGGCACCCGAGUUGAUGCAAAUUUCACAUGUAGAUGAAAAUCAAAUAACAAUUGGAGAUAACCAACUGGACAGCUCACUAUACCUUAGAACCUCAACUCCAGUUUCAGAAACAUUGUCUAAUACUUCUAAUCAGAUAUAUUCACAGCAGUUUCAUGAAGCGAAAAUCCACACAGCUGAAAAUGUUGGGAGUGAGUUGUACCGAGGAGUCAGCAGAGGUGGUGAAUCAAAACGAACAGAUAAUCUGAUUGGUGAAAACAAUCUAAGAGAGGACAGUAAACCUGGUGCUAAUGAUACCGAAGCAGAUGGAAGAGUGAGGGAAGAGGAAAACACAAACCAUACAAACAAAUCCGACGACUUGGCGUCGUGGAUAUCCAUGCAAUCGGAUAGUUCACCAUCAGUAACUGAUUUAAAUAUGGUUUUUGGUGUGAAUACUGUUGAAGAUAAAGAAUGUCGUGCAGGCGAUUUUCUUAAGUCGCCUUCUGAAGACAAUAAUCCAGCUUCUAUAAAAUAUGCAACAGAAGAGACAGCAAUUUGCAGCAUUUUUAAGAGUGAUGUCACUGAUAAUUGUAAAACUACACUAACCCCGGUGAUAACAAGUCCCCCUGUCGAGUUUGAUACCCCUUUGAAGUCAGGGUAUCAUUUAGAAAGGAAUAAAAAGCGUGUUCAAGAUUAUGAACAUAGCACAGGCGAUACACAUUUCAAGUCAUCUGAGCUAAGAGUUCCACAUGAAACAGGCGGAAAGGAGAUUAAUAGUUCCGGGGCAGAGCAUAAAAAUAAACCCUUUCAGUCGAAAAAACACACAAAAGUUGGCUUAAUUCAAAAUGAUGAUCACAAAGUACUGAAUAAGGAAAUACUGUCAGAAAAUGAGAGGCAAUUUCCUUCAACAGAAGCAAAUCGCUCACGCGUUUCCAAGGAUGAUGAUGAAGGUGGUAUAAGCGCUUUAGUCAAUAUUUCUAAUACAAGCAAAAAUAACUUUUAUUCAAAUGUGUUAGAAAAUGAUACAGAUGGUGGGCAAUCUUUGAAAUCCAAAACGCCAGGAUCGGCAAAUGAUGAUAGCCUCAGUAAAAAUGUGAUCAAAGUGUCUGAUAGUAAUAUAACUGUUGAUGCAAGUUCACCAUCUUCACCUGUAUCCACUUCAAAUGAACCAAUACACGAUUCUAAUAAAGUCCCACCGUCUAAAAGAAGAACACGCAAGACUAACCGUAAAGGUGCAGUAAGCCGGCAUCUAAACAAACGUCUCAUGGCUAAUAACUUAGAGCCGACAGCUAUAGUCGAUCAGUCGUCAAAAUACCAUGCUGCUGCAAGAGGCGUGUCUAUUGAACACACCAGUAUGUCUUUAAAAUCCAAGCAACAUUCAGAAUCAGACAGUGACGCAACACCAAAUUCCUCAUUAACCCGAACAAUACCAACAUCGGAAGUACCUACGACAAUAUCCCUGAGGCCUGCUUGGUCUGAAAGUUAUCACAGUAGUUUUACAUCUGAUAAGGAUAAGAUGGAAGAAGAAAUCAACUCUGCUGCUUUCCAACAGCAUGAGGAUAGUCGGACCAAACAAGCUUGUCUACCACCGACAGGAACAAGGAAAUGUACAAUUUCCUUUGAUGAAACUAAUGAAAGCAGUUCGAAUAUUUUAAGCCCUACUGAGCAGGUGCUUGUUGGUCCUUCACGCUUACCUGAAGGUAAUUUAAGUAAUUAUGAAUUUGAGGCAUUCAACAAGUCGAUGGACAGGAGAAAAUAUCCAUUGAGCAGUAAAGAUGAAAACAUUGAUUUAGAACAAAAUGUUUAUAAACAAAGAAAACAGUUGGACGAAUCACGAAAACGCAUUACGAAACUAAGUCAAUUUUAUCAAAAUGAAUCCUUAAAGAAAGGAAAAAACAAUGAUUCAGUCAGUAGAUCACAUCACUGUCAUGACAACAAUGAUGAUAAUGAUGAUGACGACAGUAGUAAUAACAUCAGGUAUGAUCAACAUGAAUUCCAUUCUGAGAGAAGAAAUCCUCAACUGACGUAUGAGGUAGAAAAUGUUUAUGUUUUACGUCAGAUUCCCUUCAAAAAGCAGGGUGAAUUUCAAAAUGAAUUAUCAGCUGACUCAAGAAAUGUUGAAAACACUAUCCAGCAUAGUGAUAGGAUACACUCAUCAUCUCAUUUGUUUAGCAGUGAAAAGAGAAAAAGUGAUUCAUUCUUGAACGAUGAUGACUUUUCACAACUGAAGAGACAACAGGUUAUAUCAACAAGUGAGACCGAGGAAGAUAAUUUACAAAGAAGAGAAGAGUUAAUCAAUGCUAAGAAAAGUACAUCAAAACGAAGAUGUUGUCGAUUAUUACCAUGGCUUUUAUUAUUACUACCACUCUUAUUUCUCUUCUUUGCUUUGUUAUGUACAUUCGUCAUACCUGGUUGUCCUUUACUCCUACCUUGGUUUAUAUGUGAUGAAAGAAGUCCAACUGGAGAAUGGAUUUACAGUACAUUUGUAGUAUUCCGUAUACUUGAUCCACCCUUAUAA